CAAUAUAUACCAAGUAUUGAUGUUUCAGACGCGAGGAUUUGCUUGUUGGCGCUCCACAAUAUUACGACAAGGAGGAAAGAUAUGGGGGAGCCGUUUAUAUUUACGUAAACAAGGGGUUAAGCAAGAUUGGUCCAACGCCCACCAAGAUAUUAUACGGCGAUGUUGACUCAUCGUUUGGGAACUCUAUAUCAACAUUGGGCGAUAUCAACAUGGAUGGGACAAACGACGUCGCUAUUGGGGCUCCUGGGGCUGAUAAGGGGUCGGGGGCCGUGUAUAUAUUCCAUGGCAAUCCUGACCCCAAUCUAGGGGUUUAUGAGGAACCUGCACAGGUGAUCCAUGCAUACAACCUUACUGAAUCAGGGUUGAUCGACUUUAAUGUAACGGGGUUCGGAUAUUCAUUGGAUGGUGGUUUGGACAUGGAUAUGAAUGAAUAUCCCGAUCUAUUGGUUGGUUCAUUAUCUGAAGUUGCUGUUAUGUACAGGUCACGGCCGAUAAUCAACGUUUAUGCUUCAAUAAAAGCUUCUGUGAAAAAAAUCAAUUUGAAUCCUGAUNCAAAUGAACACACGGUGGCGUACACGAGCCCCGUUACUGGAAUAACUUAUCAACUUAUCACGUUCAAUGCUAUUGUUUGCAUGAAUUAUACCUCAACCCCAAUUUCAUUCGAUGAAGCUGUUAAUAUGGACUUUACUGCAAGGAUUGAUUCUGAGCGAUUGGAAAACGAUUUACGAUCACGUGGAACAUUUUCACCCACCAACCUUCAACAAAAUUCAAUCACACAAAUGUUAAAGUUAAAACCACAAUCCAGUCGCCAAAGCGUUUGCGUCACUUUACCUGUUUAUAUAUCGCAUGAAGUCCAGGACAAAUUAUCUCCAAUCCAACUUGACCUCACGUUUAAUGUAUUGGAGGAAGCCAUCCCCCCAACUACAAAUGUCAUGAUACCUCUGAACAAAUACCCCGUGUUGAACAACCAAGUACCACGCCAUGAUGUUACUAAUGUUCAAAUAUCAAAGGAUUGUGGACCCGAUGAAAUAUGUCGUAGCCAGAUCAUGAUGAGUGCCAACUAUGUGGUAAAAUAUAAGGGAUCGGAAGAUUGGGUGACGUUGAAACCAGGCAACCUCGGAGUGCCGACCCUUCUUCUUGGAACCGAGGAGGAAAUUGGUUUACGCGUCAACAUUGCUAAUCCAACGCCUGGUGAAGACGCACAUCAAGCUAAACUGAGGAUGUAUCUUCCUCCUAUACUUAACUAUGUGGGUUUGGACAAAGUCAAUGCAACGGGUACAAACAUAGGAUGUACCACAGUAGGCAACAACGCGUCGUUUGUUGAAUGCUCACUCGGUAAUCCACUUGAAACUGACAGUCGAAUAACUGCGAUUGUGAAACUUGAAAAUGAUGAAAGAUUGUACAAGACCAAUGGUUUCGUUAUUCAACUACAGGUGUUAACCUCAAGUUUGCAACCUGGCCACGACGACAACGUGACUUAUCCCGUUAACGUUCGUGUACAAGCGAAAAUAAUGAUUGACGGAUAUACGAAUGUUGAUCAAGUUCGAUUCGGGGGAGAAAUUGUCGGGGAAUCGGCGGUGAAUGUUCCACAGGACGCUGGAACUUAUAUCACCCACGGAUACGAAGUAAUAAACGCUGGUACGAGCAAAAUAGAGGAUGUCUAUGUGAAUAUAACAUGGCCGCAAGUUAUCCAUAACGGAAAAUGGUUGCUAUAUUUGAUCGAUACACAGGUAACAGGAUUAGGAGCAACCAACGAAACCAUAUGCCACGUACCAACCAAACAGACCAACCCACUUAAUCUUAAAUAUCGAAGCUCUGGCGCCACCAGGAGGAAAAGGGAGGCAGGAGGCCCGGAGAAUAAAGUGUCUCCGGUGGUUUCCCCUCCGACCUCGUCGCAUAAAACAUUGGUGAGUACCAUAGAAACAACAUAUCGAACAACAAGUUUCACCCAACAGGUGAUUGCUCCACAACAAGAAGUGAAACUAUGGAUCAUUGUGGUUGCAACCUUAGCUGGUGUUAUUUUACUUGUGAUCAUCGUUCUUCUGCUAUGGAGGUGCGGCUUCUUCAAACGACGUCGCGACUUCGGCGAUUAUCACAAAGCACGACGUCACAAACAAGCUUCAAAGAAAGUUGACGAAACGACCGAAGGGAUGCUUUAUUAAUUCACAAACACAUUAUAUUGUUGCGUGCGGGUUCUUUGAGCGGCGGCGUAUGGUUUCGAACCCACGCACCCAUAAAGCUCGUCGUUCACGCAACGUCAAAGACGACGAUGUCUCCAGCAAUCGCAUCCUUCAACACCAAACAUCGUGGCAAAAGUAUGGACCAUCAAAUUGACGUUACUGUCCACACGUAGUUACACACCGCACUAUUUAUUAACCCACUAAUGUUAUCGCAUGCAAACGGUGCUUUUUUAUUGAAAACUUUUUUAUUGAAUCAUGAAGAUUGUUUACCUUCAUACGAAUAAAUACAACCACAGUAGAA